AUGUCGCCGUCGCAGACUAUGGACGCGACCGCCGCGGGCCUGCCCGAGUCGCGCGUCCUCAUCAUCGGCACCGGAGGCACGAUAUGCAUGCAAGAAGGGCCAGACGGGCUCGCCCCCAGCGAGGACUUUCUGGAGACGGCCAUGGCGCCUCGGCCGAGCUUUAACGACAUGUCAGGGCUGGAUGUCAAGCUCCAAGCCUACCAGGACGGCCAACUCACCUCCCUGGCGUCCCUCCGCACGCCGCCCACGGCCUACCACCGACACAUCCGCUACUCGGUGCUGGAAUUCACCCCCCUCCUCGACAGCUCGUCCAUCUCGGCGGCCGACUGGGCCAGCAUGGCGGCGUGCGUCAAGGAAAACUACCACCUCUUCGACGGCUUCGUCAUCCUCCACGGCACCGACUCGCUCGCGUACACGGCGUCGGCGCUCUCCUUCAUGAUGAGCAACCUGGGCAAGCCCGUCAUCCUCACGGGGUCGCAGGCGCCCAUCUUUGCGCUGCAGUCCGACGCCGUCGACAACCUGCUCGGGUCGCUCAUCCUCGCGGGCACCUUUGUCAUCCCCGAGGUCGGCCUCUUCUUCCACCACAAGCUGUACCGCGGCAACCGCACGACCAAGGUGUCCUCGGCGGCGUUCGAGGCCUUCGCCUCGCCCAACUGCGACCCCCUGGCCAAGGUCAACGGGCUCGGCGUCACCGUCAACUGGCCGCUGGUGCUGCGGCCGACGAGCAUCGCCGAGUUCCAGAUCCAGCGGCACCUCGACACGGCGCACGUGGCCUGCGUCCGCGUCUUCCCCGGCAUCAAGCCCGAGAUGGUGGACGCGGUGCUGCGGCUCCCCGGGCUGCGCGGCCUCAUCCUCGAGACGUUUGGCAUGGGCAACGUGCCCGGCGGCGGCGGCGGGCGCCUCACCCAGGUCCUCGAGGCCGCCGUGCGCCGGGGCGUCGUCGUCGUCAACGUCUCGCAGUGCGUGUCGGGCUUCGUGUCGCCCGUCUACGCGCCCGGCACGCAGCUCGGCCGCGUCGGCGUCAUCUUCGGCCUCGACCUCACCGCCGAGGCCGCCCUCGCCAAGCUCUCCUACCUGCUCGCCCUGCCCGGCCUCGCCCCCGCCGACAUCCCCGACCGCUUCGCCCGCUCGCUGCGCGGCGAGAUGACCGAGAUUGCCCACCCGACCUUCUCCCACCCCUCGGCGCCCCUCGAGGCCAGCGCCGCCGCCCGCCUCACCCCCGCCGAGUCCGCCUUUGCCGCCCUCGGCUACGCCAUCCGGGGCGACGAGCUGCCCGUCGUCAAGCAGCUGCUCGAGGGCGACGGCGGCCGCCUCCUCCACACCGCCGACUACGCCGGCAACACGCCCUGCCACCUCGCCGCCGUCAACGGCAGCACCGACAUCAUGCUCGAGCUGCUCCACCGCGGCGCCAGCGUCCACGAGAGGAACCGCGCCGGCAACUCGCCCCUGUUCCUGGCCACCCUGUCCGGCAACGAGGCCUGCGCCGAGCUUCUGAGGUCCGCCGGUGCCCAUUUGAGCAUGGACGAGAUUGAGAGGGGGUCCUUGGCCAAGCAUUGUCCAUAG